CUCAUCCUUCUGACCUCCUCCUCUUCUCUCUCUAAAAAAAGCUUCUCCUGCUUAUAAAUACCCUCCCCUCUCUCCCCGUUUCAGUUCCUCCGCCCGAUCCCCUUCCGCCCCCUCCCGACGAUCGCCCCCGCUCGUCCCACCGCGGUGGGCGAUCGCUCCUCUCCUCCGUGCGCGCGAUUCCUGAGGCGAGGCGACCGACACCAGAUUCCGCCGGCCGGCUCACCUCCCCCGCUUCGCCGAUCGGAUCGCGUGCUCCACGAGGUAGAGGUGACGAUAAAGCAUAGUUGUUGACUUAGCUUGCAGUGGUUCUUUAUCGAAGCUAAGGCAAAUAAUAAUUGGCGUUAUGGCAUAUCGAAUGGUAUGCGCUCCCCAAGUCAUUGAUCUUGAAUCUGAGCGAGGGCAUCCUCAUGUUCAUUCUGAAAGUUUAAUUCACAAUGGGAAUGAUUUGUCGGACCAAGGCGGCCAAUAUACUGUCAGAGUUGUAGGGAAUGCUACGAAUGCUGGUCUUUCUGAUACACAGGGUUACUACAAUAUGAGCAUGAAUCAUCCACAUCAGCCUGUUCAUAAUUCUCCGCCAAAUUUAGGUGUUGAUUCAGGUUUUGUCUUCCCAUCAAGUAUGUACAACCCUUGCAUGUCAACAUCUAUGAACAGAUAUGUCUCUCAUGCUCAGAGCUUUGGAUUGCCUUUAAACCAAGUUGUCUUGGGAAGUAUCGAUGGAAGUACCAGAAAUGAAAAUGUCAGUGAAACUGCUAGAGGAUUCAUUAAAAGGAAAAAUGCCACAGCAGGAAGUUGUCAUGUUAAUGGAUUUGCAAGCUCAGGCUCAUCCUCUCAUACAUCUCAGAAUCCUACACAUAGGCCAUGGGAUCCUUCUUUUGAGUCAAAUGUUUUUCCUAAUGUUACACCAUUCAACCCAUCAGAAUAUCAUAAUCACAGCACUUGGCCAUCUGUGGAGGGGUCUUCCAUUACUGGAACAAAUGGGUUCAACUCGAUGGCUGCUCACCCAGAAUCAGCACAGCAUGGUAACUAUACAUUUCAAUCAAGUCAUGCUAGUCAGUGCUUUCAACCUGCCAGCACUACUUGGGUUUCCCAGGCUGCAACUGGUAUUGCGGAAGGAGUACCACAGUGGACAUACAUCAAUGCAAUAUCUAGUGUUCCAGCAGGCAGAUUUGCACAUUCAGGGGUCACAGAAAUAGUGAAUGGAGGCUUUCACGAAUAUCAGAAUGGCCCUUCAACCAUUUCUCAAGGGCAUUUACCUUAUUUUCAUCAACAUGCUGUGCAUAGCAUGCAAGCUCAUAAUCCGCUGGAUCAUACACAAGUGCAAGUCCCUUACCAACAAGGCCACAAUAAUGGUGUCUUACAUACUGGGGUAAAUCAUUCUGGUAACCGGUUCCACUUGGGUCCAAGAACUCCAGGUCUCUUCUCUAAUUCUGAGCGGUCUUUUGGGCCUCCACAGCAUCCGUUCCUGGUGAAUCCAGUUAAUCAUAGGAACAUAAGAAUUUUGCCACCUCUGCAGCGUGGUGCAAUAAUGGAUUUUUCGGGGUUGUAUGAGGGGUCAAAUGUAGUAGAUGAGCAUAGAGAUAUGCGUCUAGAUAUAGACAGCAUGACCUAUGAGGAGCUUCUAGCAUUAGAAGAGCACAUUGGAGACGUCAAUACAGGUCUGGCAAAAAGCCACAUCGUAGAUAAGUUGAAGACUAGCUUAUAUGCGCCAGGAGCAACCUGCAUGUCUAAUCAGUCAUCUGAAUCUUCCACAGAGAGUGAGGCUUGCAUAAUAUGCCAGGAGGAGUACCAUCCUGAGGACUGCAUUGGAGUCCUGGAUUGUGGUCACAGAUACCACGCGGAGUGCGUAAAACAGUGGCUGACGAAUGUUUAUAAAUUAUUACUCAGUGUCCAUACAUACAGUGUAUCAUAUGGUGGAUCGGAAAGUAACUCUUAGAGUGUCAUCUCUAGAAACUACACUGUAUAUAUGUUGGUUACUUUAAAACAAACAGAAAUGUGUGUUCCCUGUGUACAUUACUAAAUCUUACUGUAUUUAAGAGAGCUGAUAAGAGAGCCGAGUAAAGAGUUUUUCAGCAGUUGAA